UCGGGUUGAUGUGCAGACGCAGAUGUCAUGUGAAAACUCGCAUGCUCGCUGCGCGCACGACUCAAACCGUCCGACUACGGCUCCAGACUCCACCGCCCGCGCUCUGCCCAGUGCGUCACCAAGCUCGAGCCCGUUCUGGACUGGAAUGCUUUUGCCCAUAAAAAACACUCCUUGAAUGAACGUGGACGACGCCGAAUAUUAACAUUGUUUUUUUGCCCGAGGAUAUUGCUUUUUUAAGUCUUUAUGUUUGUUUCUUCAUGACUGCUGCAUUCGGAAGCGAAUCGCACCACAACCACUAUGCGAGCCCAAAUCGAAGUUAUACCGUGCAAAAUCUGUGGAGACAAGUCAUCAGGAAUCCACUAUGGAGUCAUCACGUGUGAGGGCUGCAAAGGGUUCUUCAGGCGAAGUCAGCAGAACAAUGCUGCAUACUCAUGCCCUCGCCAGAGGAACUGUCUGAUCGACAGGACAAACCGAAACCGCUGCCAGCACUGCCGCUUACAGAAGUGUCUUGCACUCGGAAUGUCCAGAGAUGCGGUGAAGUUUGGCCGCAUGUCCAAGAAGCAGCGUGACAGCCUGUACGCCGAGGUACAGAAGCACCAGCAGCGGAUCCUGAAUGAGCGGCAGCAGCAGACGUGUGAGGCAGAGGCCCUGGCGCGCGUCUACUCCUCCAGCCUGACCAAUGGCCUCAGCACCCUCAACCACGAGAUCGGAGGCACCUACGCCAACGGCCACGUCAUCGAGCUCCCCAAGGGCCAGGUGAACGGUGGUGCCACAGGUGGCUACUACCAUGGCAUGGACUCCACCCAGCCCUCCCCGGACCAGUCGGGCCUGGACUUGGCGGGCAUAAAGCACAUCAAGCAGGAGCCGGUGUACGACCUGACCCCUGUGGCUAACCUGUUCAACUAUAGCACCUACCAGGACAGUCAGCUGGCGCACAGCAAUGUCAGCAUGGGAGAGCUAGAUCGUAUCGCCCAGAACAUUAUAAAGUCUCACCUGGAGACCUGUCAGUACACAGCAGAUGAGCUGCAGCAACUGGCCUGGCAAACACACUCCUACGAUGACAUCAAGAUGUACCAGAGCAAAACGCGAGACGUGUUGUGGCAGCAGUGUGCCAUCCAGAUCACCCAUUCCAUCCAGUAUGUGGUGGAGUUUGCCAAGCGCAUCUCAGGCUUCAUGGAGCUUUGCCAGAACGACCAGAUCCUCCUGCUCAAGUCAGGUUGUCUGGAGGUGGUCCUGGUUAGAAUGUGUCGGGCGUUUAACCCUCUCAACAACACAGUGCUGUUUGAGGGGAAGUACGGGGGCAUGCAGAUGUUCAAAGCACUAGGCUGUGACGACCUGGUCAACGCUGUGUUUGACUUUGCCAAGAGUCUGUGCUCUCUGCAGCUCACUGAGGAGGAGAUCGCUCUGUUCUCCGCAGCAGUGCUCAUCUCCACAGACCGUCCAUGGCUGAUGGAACCCAGGAAGGUGCAAAAGCUCCAGGAGAAGAUCUACUUUGCGCUGCAGCACAUCAUGCAGAAGAACCACAUGGACGAGGACGCGCUGGCUAAGCUGAUAGGUCGGAUACCCAUGCUGUCGGCCGUGUGUACUCUCCACACCGAGGAGCUGCAGGCCUUCCAGCAGCUUCACCCCGAGACGGUGAACGUGCUCUUUCCCCCGCUCUACAAGGAGCUGUUCAAUCCCGACCCCAAUGCAGCGAUCACCAUGCCCAAGUGACUUCCUAUGGUCCAACCUCAGAAAGUGGACCACAACGUGACCGCGGACGCAUCAUUAACGCUACGGCAAAGCAGCCCGGACACCAGGCCCGGACCAUCCAGACACUUACAGCCGCAAACACUAGGAAUGUCCAGCACUUAUCCAACCCUAUUCACCGAUACAGUCUAAAGAAUGUAUAUAAUGCACCCAUGACCACGGGGCUCUUCAGAACUGACCAGAAAUGUACAGACUUUAACUAGCUAAUUUAAGCUGUCUUUUAACUGGGUAAGUCAAUUUGUUUAUCUUUGUUGUUUUUUUUACAUGAAAUUGUGAUAUUGAAGAUGGGGGAGGGAUUUGUGUGAUUCAGAAAAGCUAUUGUAGAUAUUAUGUAGUGAAGAACGGAUUCCAGUAUUACAUCUUCUGUUAAUAUUUUAGUUUUCAUUUAAAACUGUAGCAGCCCUAUGUGGCUGAUACCUUGUCUGUUUUGUUAUUUGAUAGUUUCAUGUGUACAGAAUUUGUCAAGUUAAAAAGAGACUUGUUAAAGAAUAUUGGGGUAAACCUGGGAGGUCAUUUUGGUAUGUCGAGAAAGCCUUGUCUGGGCUCUGUUGAUACGUGAAGAGGGUAUUGCAUCUUUCAGUUCGGAACUAUCAAACUGUAAAAGAAGGAUUUAAACAAUUAUGGCUACUUUUCAAGGUGAAGAUAUGUAUAUAAAUAUUAUAUUUUGCGUGAAAAAAAAGAUUUUGUCAGACUGCCAUCCUGUCAAUCAUUUUUUGUCGCUGCAAUAACUCUGUCCAUCGAAGUUGGACUGCUAUUGAACAAUCAGCUCUAAUGAGAGUUUAGUAGGAGGACCUCUCCCCCCAGCCCCCCUAAACCCCCCACAACACUAGUGUGUUGGUCUUAGUGACUUUUCAUGAGGGCAUACAAUACCUAGUCAGUGAAUAAGAAACUAAGUCACUUCAUGAACCUCUUCCUCUCUACAUCCCCUCAUCCCCCCGUCACAUUUGGCACAAUCUACACCCAUGCUAAUCACUGGGCUGCUUAAAUAAAGGACUCUCGCUCGCUCUCGAUAUAAAUUAAGUUUCACACUGCGUGAUCCUUCUUCUUGCAUUUCUCUCCUCAGCCUCAUCAUUCUAGAAUGGUUAAGCACAGGGGGUAGUCAUGAUUAGCUAAAGUGGGUAUGCCAAUAUGUCAAUUAUUUUGUUUAACUCUGCAAGUCAGUUAAGAACAAAUUCGUAUUUACAAUGACGGCCUACCCCGGCCAAACCCUAACCCGGACGAUGCUGGGCCAAUUGUGCGCCGCCCUAUGGGACUCCCAAUCACGGCUGGUUGUGAUACAGCCUGUAAUGGAACCAAAUCAAAUCAAAUUGUAUUUGUCACAUGCGCCAAAUACAACAGGUGUAGACCUUACAGUGAAAUGCUUACUUACAAGCCCUUAACCAACGAUGCAGUUUUAAGAAAAUACCCCAAAAAUGUAAUUAAGAAAAAAGUAAGAGAUAAGAAAAAGAAAUAAUUAAAGAGCAGAAGAGAAUAAUAAUAGCGGGACUAUAUACAGGGGGUACCGGUACAGAGUCAAUGUGUCAAUGUGUGGGGGCACCGGUGUCGAGGUAAUUGAGAUAAUUAUGUACAUGCAGGUAGGGUUGUUAAAGGUGCUAUGCAUAGGUAAUAAAUAGUCUGGGUAGCCAUUUAAUUAGCUGUUCAGGAGUCUUAUGGCUUGGGGGUAGAAGCUGUUAAAAAGCCUCUUGGCCCUAGACUUGGCGCUCCGAUACCGCUUGCCGUGCGGUAGCAGAGAGAACAGUCUAUGACUAGGGUGGCUGGAGUCUUUGACGAUAUUUAGGGCAUUCCUCUGACACCGCCUGGUAUAGAGGUCCUGGAUGGCAGGAAGCUUGGCCCCGGUGAUGUACUGGGCCGUACGCACUACCCUCUGUAGUGCCUUGCGGACGGAGACCGAGCAGUUGCCAUUGAUGCUCUCGAUGGUGCAGCUGUAAAAUCUUUUGAGGAUUGUAGGGUCUGUAGUGACGCCUCUAGUACUGAGAUGCAGUGCCUUAGACCGCUGCGCCACUCUACUGACAAUAUUCAGACGUUUCAUCUUUCAGAUUAAAAUUGACACUUGAAACCUAUUCCACAUUACAGAGUGUUCUCUGGGACUGUAGAUCUUGCAACACUUUUCCGGAUCCUAAAAAAUCAGGGUAAUAGAUAUUUUUCACUGAAACAUUUGCAACUUAAAGUUGCAGAUACAUUGAACAAUCUAAAUAGUAAACUAUGAUAGACAAUCACUUCUAUUUAAAUGUUAAUGUUGAAGAUCUUCAAGGAUUUCCUUACACGUUAUAAUGGACACGUUUCUGUGUUUCGCACAGUGGCCAAAUCCCUCUGAACUUUUAGUGGAGAUUAGAUGCUAGCCAGCGCCAGUGUACAGAACAGCAUAACCUGUAACAUUUUCCUUGACUUCCUUUUAUCUCUUUCCCAAACCCUUCCCAUAUGCAGUGAACACUAUCAUCCUCCAUAUACAGAGGAUGAGCUUCUCCUUGUCAUAGCGCCCCCCGCACUCCCAUGCCCCAUACCAUAUCCUGCCCACCCCUCCGCCAAAAAAGGAGUGUGAAGUUAGAGGUCGGUGGCUUGUUAAAGACAAUCACUCGUGUCUCGAUGCACUACACAGCAUCUCUCUCAGGGAGCAACUCUUUUUCUAUCUUUGCAUAAAAAGAGUUUGAAUAUUUUUGAAAAUGUAAGCGUUUUUUGGAUAUAUAAAUACGCUGGUGGCUCCCAGCGAAGGAACCUACCCAGACAAGGCUUUGGGAGGGUGGUGUGUCUGCGUGUGAAUGGAUCUGUGUGUGGGGAUAAAUUCACUGUCCGGAUGCAUUUUGAGUCCAUAUAAUGGAGAGAGCCUAUUCUACAAAAGUCCCAGAAAAUCAUGUUCCUGCCAUCAUAAACCCACCCCGGUUCAAGAUGUACUGGUUGUUUUACAAUGAAGGAAGACCAUAACUAAGCUGGCGUCCACCCAUUCCAUGCCUUUAGGACAGUGAAUUCAACCCAACUUUGUUUUUAUUUUCCCCUGCAAGACUGUGAAUCAGGGGUUUAGGGUGGGGUUGGUAAUCUGAGUGACAAAUAAACACUGUAAGGUACUGUAGCAAUAAUAACUGGAAAGCAUUUACUACUGUCAUGUUUGCAUUGUACAAUUAUUUUUAUUUUAUUACUAUUAUUAUUAUUGUUGUUAUUGCUAUUAUUACUACUAUAAUACUAUUAGUCUAUUGUUGUUCUGUUAUCUUUGCAUGCUGUUUCAUGGCAAUGAAACAUUGGGGCUUUUAGGUUUUCUCAUGCGAUGCUGUGGGUCAGGGGUUGGGGAUAUUUUUUAUUCUGAAUGUUAUGGAGUAUUGUGUUCAGCGUGAGGGACUGAAUGCAUCAUGCACCUUUUACUCCAUCAACAGAGACACCACAGAGCACAGGCAAAAGUUGGUCCUUACCCUAACGACACCACAGAGCACAGGCAAAAGGUGGUCCUUACCCUAACGAGACCACAAAGUGCACUGACAUUUUAUAUACUUGGUCGAAAACAUUUCAUAUACUUAGUCAAAAACACCUCCUUGGAGAACCUGUGUGUGUGUGUGUGUGUGUGUGUGUGUGUGUGUGUGUGUGUGUGUGUGUGUGUGUGUGUGUGUGUGUGUGUGUGUGUGUGUGUGUGUGUGUGUGUGUGAGGCUGAAAGAGAGUGAAUGAACAAAGAGCAGGUUCUUUACUCUAUUGACGCUUUGUAAACUUUCUUAAUACAUUAUACAUGCGUGCAACUGGAGUAGUGUUAAACAUGUUUUAUUUAUUCAUUAGAAUGUCUUUGCGUCCCAUGAUGAGAAAGUAAAGUACAGUAAGUGCAGCAUCUGUGACCAAAACCCUUAAAAAAGGUACUUGGGGUACAAACACUUUUUUAAACGGACUAACUAAAACAAAAAAAGAAACGUUUUUUCAAGUGCCAUAGUUAGAGAGGAGGAGCUGGAUUAGCGAAAUGGGAAAUAGUUUCUUUACUGUGUAAGUUUACUUGAGAACCAAUCAAAAAGGGGAAUUUUGAGGCAAGUGUGUAUUUGAUUACAUUGAAUUGUUUGUAUGUUUGCAUUUUUCACUUCGUGAGUCGGAUCGAACCUCGGAACUUUGACACAGCUUUAUGUCCCCAAAGCUCACAUGUAGACCUGUGUGUGUGUGUGUGUGUGUGUGUGUGUGUGUGUGUGUGUGUGUGUGUGUGUGUGUGUGUGUGUGUGUGUGUGUGUGUGUGUGUGUGUGUGUGUGUGUGUGUGUGUGUGUGUGUGUGUGUGUGUGUGUGUGUGUGUGUGUGUGUGUCAUAAAUUAAGAGCUUUGAUGAUCCAGUUGUGUCAAAGUUCUGAGUUGUCUGAGCUAUCUCAGUGUCUCCUCCUUCGAGAUGUAAAUAAUCAAGUCAAGGUCUGAAGUGAGUUUUGUUAAAUUCUAUAUUUUAUCGCUUUUGUAGACAUUUCUUUGUGGGAAGAAAAAUAAAGGAAAUUUUAUGGAUGUA